AUGAGUUACACGAGAGUUCUGCACGCCUUCGGAGGUCACCCCCACGCCGCCGUGAUGCCCGUUGACCUCGCCAGGUACCUGAGCCUCAGCCGGCGCCAGCCUCUCCAUCCCCUGGUGCCCUCCACUCCUCUGAAACCAGCCCAGCGGUAUUCUCAUCCGACUGACUUUCCGCCCAAGACCGGCCUCCACUCCCCUCAUCACUCCUCCUCCUCUUCACCCUCAGCGCUGCCCUCCUCCUCGGAGCCUCGGAGCUGUUUCCGCAGGGACAGCGGUGGUGGGAACAAGAAGCGUCGGGUGGUGUUUGCGGAUGCCAGGGGGCUGGCGCUCACCGCUGUGCGGCUCUUCAUCCCGGAGCCCUCGGCUGCUGCUCCGGCCCUGGUGAUGAAACACACUGUGGCCAAACUGCAAGGCCAAGAGGCCGCCUCCAGCAAACUGGAGCGCCACAGGUUCCGCCCUGGUUUCCCGCAGCCGACACAAGACUUAAAAAACUUCCUGACACGACUGAGGGAGAUGCACGUUCAGCUGGGAGUCUGCAGCAUUACAGAUCACUCCCUGAGCGGGAAAGUGUGCGUGUCACAUGACAGUAAGGAGAAGGCCGUGCACAUAAAGGUGACCUUUGAUUCUUGGAGGAGCCAUCACGACAUCCCGUGCACGUUCCUGCAGCAGCAGCGCUGUGGCGGCUCGGAUAUGAUGAGCGUGUUUACCUUUGACCUGGGCUUACCCCAGAACAUUGAUCCAAAGGAGAGAAUCGAGUUUUGCGUGUACUUCCGGCCAGGAGCUGGCACGACGGCCCACUGGGACGACAACAGGGGGCAGAACUAUAGGCUGGUCGUGGAGAAAGAUGCACCGAACACAAACCAGGGGGACGCUAACCGGUUCUACCCAACACUGUCCAAACAACGGCCACCGACUUGGCCUUCACGUGAGCAGACCUCUGCUGAUCUGCAGCUUCUUCACAGGACUUUGUCGAGCCGAGUCAGAGAAGAGUGGAAAACCCUUGUGCUCAGCUGA